AUGCCCAACAAAUUACUGUCUGAGUUCGAGAAGGGCGGCUUCGAUGUGAGUGAAUUCGAGGCCUGGAGGGCCAGACAGCGCGAGCAGUCGGACCGAGCAGCCCUCCUUCGUGCCGCCGAAGCUCGGCUGGGCGUCGAGUUGUCGCAUGUGUCGGCGGCCAGCGCUCCUGGAAAGGUGGCCGGCCAAAAGCGUCUGAUAGUUGAAGAAUUGCAUGCACAGGCCGAAUUGAGAGCAAAGAAAGCGGCAGAAAACGAGGCAGAGACUCGCGAGUUGGCCGCCAAACGAGUAGCGUCCAUUAAGGUUGACCGAGAGGGUGCAAAAGAGGCGCGAGAGCAAGUGACGCGAACGCGUAGACGGAUUGGUCAGUUGUAUCUCGUUGAAAAUUGA